GUGCCAUUUUUGCCACAAAGACAAACUUGAUGCUAUUAGCCGCCACGUCCAAAAGUCAGCCUCGCAGAUAAGCGUCAGAUUAGACAAUGUUAGUCUGCUUUGGAUGUUGCGUUAAACGACUACCUCUCAUACUGUGGACACUAAAAUGAAGACUCGACUGUCCUCGAAUCUUCAAAAUCCACAUAAUUUCAGCCCACGUUGCCUCGACAGCCGCUAGCUAAAGUCAACGUUCUACUUCCUGCUUGUGUUCGACCCUCUGUCGAAGGGUGAACACACUUUCGAACACACAGUUCGUGGUGCAGCAUCAAUAACAGGAUGUCUCAAGAACAUCAGAAGAUGACUUAGUCAUACAGGCAUUGCUGCAGAGCCCCCUUUGCUUAUUUACUGUCAGGACCUUCAUCCUUAGAGGGGUCCAUGGCAGCAGGGGCAAUGCCUGCCAGCAGGCACUCACUGUGGCGCUUCCUGGUACCGUUUCACAUCCGUCAGGAGCGAGUGGUGUUGGCCCGCAGCGAGAGUCUACCAAGUGAUCAGGUGCUGAAGAUCACGGUCACAGAGACCACUGUGAUCCAGGCAGGCCCCGGGGUCUGGAAACGGCGUUCCCUUGCCUACCUGUGCCUCUGGUACUUCUUCAGCUUCUGCACCCUCUUCCUCAACAAGUAUAUCCUGUCGCUGCUGGAGGGGCAGCCGAGCAUGCUGGGUGCUGUUCAGAUGCUCUCCACCACCAUCAUUGGCUUUCUCAAGAUGUUCAUGCCCUGCUGCCUGUACCAACACAAGUCCAGGAACGACUUCCCCCCCAAUUUCAUCAUGAUCAUGCUCUUUGUUGGACUGAUGAGGUUCACCACAGUGGUUUUGGGCUUGGUCAGCCUGAAAAACGUGGCGGUGUCAUUUGCAGAGACUGUGAAGAGCUCCGCACCCAUCUUCACUGUCAUCAUGUCCAGGCUGAUUCUUGGGGAGUACACAGGCCUGUGGGUGAACCUCUCCUUGUUUCCCGUCAUGGCGGGCCUGGCGCUCUGCACGGCCACAGAGCUGAGCUUCAACAUGCUCGGAUUCUCCGCCGCGCUCUCCACCAACAUUAUGGACUGUUUACAGAACGUAUUCUCCAAGAAACUGCUGAGUGGCGACACGUACAAGUUCAGCCCUCCGGAAUUACAGUUUUACACAAGUGCAGCAGCAAUCAUCAUGCUCAUCCCAGCCUGGAUUUUCCUCUUGGUAGGUUCUUGGUCUUCAGUGAAGGAAACGCCAAUGACUGAGAAGAGUGGACAGAGCUUCACCUUCAGUCGAGAUAUCAUCUUGCUGCUGCUCUUCAAUGGCGGUCUGUUCCACCUGCAGAGCGUCACCGCCUACGCUCUCAUGGGACGCAUUUCUCCGGUCACUUUCAGUGUUGCUAGCACGGUCAAGCACGCCAUGUCCGUCUGGCUGAGCGUCAUCGUGUUCAGCAAUCAGAUCACGAUGCUCAGCGCCACGGGCACCGUCCUCGUGUUCGUCGGAGUCUUCUUGUACAACAAAGCCAGGCAGGCCCAGAGGGAGCGCUUCCAGGCCAUGGCUGCUCAGCAGAACUACAAACAACGAGCGCAGGACCAAGAUCUCCAACAAGGCCCUCAGGUUGACUGACGACUUUAAAUGGAAUCGAGGCUUAGGAUGAUGCAUAAAUUCCAGUAAUGGAGGACCAACUUAUAUAUUUACUUGAUCAACUUUUCAGGUAUGAUUCAAUUCGGAAAAGGGGCACAUGUCGGACGUUGCUAACCUCUUGUGGGACAUUCCUUUGCAACACUCAAGCCACUAAAAAAAAUGGGGAAGCUCAGGGUGUCCAUCUUUUUAGCUACGUGACUUGAAAUCUUACAACUUCAGCGUGUGCUAGCUAAUAUCUUGUGUGGGACAGCAGCUACUGGAUGUACGGCAGCCAUAGUCCUAUAAGUAUGCAUGCCCAGCAGACGCGGCAAGGACUAGAUCUAGACCACUUGGACACAUUUGGAAGGCUUGUCUGAAACACAUGGCAGGCAGAUUUUUGCAUUCUGGGAAUGCUAAUCCUCAAUCGUGACCUUUCCCCAGAGCAUGCUGGGUUUGAAGCUGAGGCACCUUAAAGAGGUGAAACAAGAGUUUGAAUGAGUGACUGUAGUGUUGUAACCCCCUAUCCCCCCCAAAAAAACAUGCACAAAAUAAAGUGUCUUACGCAUGAAAAUAUAGCAAAUGGGAAAAAGUCAAUUUAAGUCCAUUUAACUCAAAAAGGUUAUGUCGGAGCACGUGUGUACAUCUGCUGUUUUAUUCCCUUCAUAAACACUUGAAUGUCACACGUUGAAGCAAAAGGCACCUUGAUGACCAAUCUAAAAAAAAAAAUUUAUUUCUCUGUAAUCAUGACAAGCAUUCCUUCAGGCUAGUGCUCGGGAAAUGUUUGUGCCUUGUGGUGUUUUUUUUUUUUUGGCACUUUCCUCAACAAGCAGUAUAUUUGACUUGUGUUUGGCACACAACUUUGCCAUUUUAAACCCCCCGUGGGUGUUUCUGGUUUUCAAUAAUCCUACUCUCAAUUUGACUUUUUUUAAUGCUUCCUUAAGGCAAAUAUUCAAAAUGUCCCGUGUGUAUGUUCAGUAGGUAAAUAGCUCCAAGUGAACAAUGUUGAGCGUGUUUAUUCAUUCAAUGUUGUGGAACAUACAAAGAAAAAUUUUCCCGCUGGGAUAGGCUCCAACAUACCCCCGCCACCAAUUUAUGGAUGGUUCUGGUCCCGGCUAUGAUAAAUUAAUUUCCAUGAUAUAGGAUUCAAUGUUAAUAAAUGGUAUCUUUUUGUAAAACCUG